AUGCCUCAAUCUGAGCAAACCAGAAAAACUCUCUCCGAUCACAGGAAAAGUCUCCAGGAUCUAAAAAAGUCCUAUGAAGCAAGUGAAGAGGCUGAGAAACAACAGUUAUGGGAGAUUAUCAAGGACGAAUUGCAGGAGAUCCUGAAGAAGUACUCCUUAGACUUCUCAAAUGAACAAAUGAAGAUCUUCAACGACCCCAUCCAUGGUCACAUUGAGCUGCACCCCCUGUUGGUGAAGAUCACAGAUACUCCUCAGUUUCAGAGACUGAGACACAUCAAACAGCUGGGAGGAACAUAUCUGGUGUAUCCAGGUGCUUCCCACAAUCGCUUUGAACACUCACUUGGUGUGGCGUAUUUAGCAGGACGUCUGGUGAAGAUUCUUCAUGACAAUCAACCAGAGCUCAAAAUCACCAAACAGGAUUUCCUGUGUGUUCAAAUCGCUGGUCUGUGUCAUGACUUGGGUCAUGGUCCAUUUUCUCAUGUAUUUGAUUGUCUGGUUAUUCCUGAAGCCAAAAAAAUAAAACAUAGAAGAGGUCUGCCUGAUGACAUCCCUGAAAAGUGGAAGCAUGAGCAGAUGUCAAUUCAGAUGUUUGAUGACAUUGUGAAGAGUCUGAAGGCUGAGAAUGAAGAUGUGUUGAAAGAAUAUGGACUGGAUGAUAAAGACGUCACCUUCAUUAAAGAGUUAAUUGAAGGGGCAAAAACUUCAGAGUGGACAUAUGAAGGCAGAGAUGAAGAAAAAUCCUUCCUGUAUGAGAUUGUGGCAAAUAAACAGAACGGGAUUGAUGUAGACAAAUGGGACUAUUUUGCACGAGACUGUCAUCACCUUGGCAUUCGAAACAGUUUUGAUCACCAGCGUCUGCUGAAGUUUGCUCGAGUCUGUGAAGUGAACGGGAGAAAUCACAUCUGCUUCAGAGACAAGGAGGCUGAUAAUGUUUAUGACAUGUUUCGCACCCGAUACACUCUCCAUCGCCAGGCCUAUCAGCACAAGAUCUGCAACAUCAUCGAAGACAUGUUUUCAGAAGCUCUAUUACGAGCUGAUCGUGAUCUUCAUGAAGGAAAACCUGAAGAUAUGCUGAAGAUUUCUGAAGCCAUAAAAACAGCAGAGGACUACAGCAAACUCACAGAUGAGAUCUUUGAGCAGAUUUUGUCCUCCACUUCUGAUAAACUGAAGGAAUCUCGAGACAUCUUGAACAAGAUCAUCAGAAGAAAACUGCCAAAGUUUGUUGGGGAAGCACGACUGACUGAAAAUAACAUCUCAAAGGAAGAGCUGACAGAAACAUGGAAAGCUGCAGUAGAGAAGUACAAACCUACAGACCCCACUGUUUCUCUGAAUGCUGAUGAUUUACCAGUUUAUGUGGUUGAUCUGGAUCACGGCAUGAAGGACAAAAACCCCAUUCAAAACGUCUAUUUCUACAGCAAGAGGAAACCCAAAGAAGCUUCUGUCAUUAAGGAUCAUCAGCUGUCCAGUUUCCUGCCAAAGAGGUUUAAUGAAGAGCUGGUUAGAGUUUACUACAGAAGAACUGAUGGGAAUAAAGAGAAGCAGAAGAUGGAGGAGGCUGAGAAGUGCUUUCAGAUCUGGUGUGGCUCCAAUUUUGGACUCCAGUAAUGUGCACAUGGUUUAUAAUACGUGAUGUUUCAGACACAACCAGUACUGUGUCUAUAUUUGUUGUGAUACAUAUUUCCUUCUGUUGUACAUUCAAUGUUUAAUGACUAAACUAAAGGGCAGAGGUGGAGAGUCCAGGGGUCAGAAAGUAAAAGUCCUGCCACAUUUUUGCUCCACCCAUGAACUCAGCAGCUGAUUUCACCAGAGGAGGAAACAAGUCAUUCCUUCCAAGUCACAAACUAGUCUCAACUCAAAUCCCAAGUCCUCAAAGAGUUAAAGUCAAUGAGAUAAUUAAGUGACUAAUUAAAUGAUGAUUGUGCAUUGGUGAUGAACACCUGCUGUUAUUGUGCGUUACAGAGGAUCAGAUGCUGAUGUUUUAUUGGUUAAAAUUAUGCCACCAUCAUUGAGAUCAGUGUUUGCUUCAGUUGGGCUCUUGACCUUUGGUUUCUUAUGUUAGAUAUUUCUCUGUAAAAGUACAUGUGCUGUUAUAAAACAGUGCGAUCUGUGCUUUGCAGAAAACCGUUACUAGCUCCUUUUACAUGAUGAAGUAAUUACUAGGCAUCAGCCUGUUUAUUUCCAAAACAAUUUUAUGUAUUUAUUAUUAACAAAUGUUCAGUUUUUAAAUAACCUACCUUGUGGAACCGUUGGUUUAAUCACUAUAAUGAAUACAUUUCCUAAUGUAUGUAAUAAAUAUAAAUUUUUUCGAAAUCUUUUCCUAAUAAGACGCACAGACAUCAUGGCCCAGCAUAUGAAUCUCAACAAUGGUGACAAUCAACAAAACACUUCAAGUUGAAGUGCAUGCUGGGUAACACCAUAGUAAAAACUCUGAUUAUGCACUGUAGCAUGAAUAAUUAUUGUAACCACUGUUGAGGAUCAUAUGAUAAGUGCUCAUGUCUAAAAUCCCGAGCCUGUACAAUUUUUUCCCCCAAUAUUUAAGCAUUACAAUAAUAUUUGUUUAAUAGGACUUUUUUGUAGUUCAGUAAUUGCUGAACAUAAUUUAACAAACCAAAGAGAGACACCUUCAUGAAGUUAAUUAAAAUGUUUUAGAUAAAAAAGGGCAAUUAAAUUUUCUACUUCAAGCUUUUAAUUCAGCAAUGUGUUAAUGUUUAUUACGUAACACAACAGCAAGUGUUUAAAAGCAAAUUACUUUGAAUUAUUAAAAGGGUCAAGAGCCCAACUAAAGCAAACACUGAUCUCCAUGAUGGUGGAUUCACCACGAUUAUGGUGACAAAGUUUUUUUUUUUUUUUUUUUUUUUUCUUCCAGUUGAUUUCAUCCAAGGCUGUGCUUAAAGUCAAUUGUAGUUCUUGUGUUUCUCUUUUCUUCAGUGAUGUUGAUUGUUAACAGCAGGUGUUCAUCUCUAAUGCAGAAUUAUCAUUUAAUUAGUCACUUAAUUAUCUCAUUGACUUUAACUCUUUGAGGACUUGGGAUUUGACUCAAGACUUGUUUGUGACUUGAAAGGAAUGACUUGAUUCCUCCUCUGAUGAAAUCAGCUGCUGGGUUCAUGGGUGGAACAAAAAUAUGGCAGGACUUUUACUUUCUGACCCCUGGACUCUCCACCUC